AAGCUAAAGCAAAUGUACUACUACAUAGGAGGGGAUAAAUUAAAUCUAAUGAACCAGAACAAUUCUCUGUCUUGCUUAUAAUAUAUAAAAGUUAUUUAUAUGAAACCAAAAACCAACAAAGAAAAGAAGAGAUUUGAGGAGAAGACUUAGAGCAAUUAGAAUGGCUUAUGUUCCACCCCAUAAACGAGUUUCUAAGAACAAUAAUGAUUGUGAAGGUUCUUCACGGAGUCCCAUACCAAAACCAGAGUUGCCUCCUUUUCUCACCAACUACAAAUAUCCCAAACACAAAUCAUCUGCUGCAGCUGGAACCACUGUUAGUACUACUGCCUACUACCAGGACAUGGGUGCUUAUGCCUAUGAGGAUAUCCACAGAUGGUUUGCUGCUGGUUUGGAUGAUGAUAAUCUCUUUCCACCUUCGGUUGAUCUUCAACCUGUUUCUGUGGAAUCCAUCAAUGGAGAUAUUGUACAGCGUCUAGCUUUAUUCAACAAAAUUGAUUCAGCUGAAGAACUAACAACGAGCUUUACAAGAAGGCCAUGGGAGUACAUAGCAGAAAAUGUUCUACAAGACUUGCAUCCUUGGUUUGAAGAUUUUAAGAGAAAAAUGGAGGCCUCUGAUCAGAACCAUGAAAAAAUGACUCCAACUAUAAUCACUAGAAUUGGGAAAGUUCUUUUUCGGAGGUGGCAGCGUUCAGAUUAUAAACAAAAGUGUGUCACAAGAAUCUGUCUUUCUGAAGAAUCACUGAGGCCGCGUAGAGCUUCAUAUUACACAGAUAUUCUUGAUUCGUAUGUAGAUUACCUAGAGAAUAUUGGUGCCUUAAACAGCGGACUUGAAUUUGAAGAAGAGAAACAAGUGUUUCGUGUAUAUUUUGUUGAUGUAACACAACCAGAUGUAAACAUGUGGUGCAAAUGUAGAGUACUAGAAGAUGGAAAGUUGAAUCCAUACAAGAUUGAACGCCUUUAUAGUCGUCACAUGCUCAGAGACAUAUCUUGCCUUGAAAAGAAUUUGGAUAUGAGGCUCGAUCUAUGCGUCAAAAGAACUCAAACUAAUUUUCUUGAUGAUGACUUUGAAAGCCUCAAAAGUUUGAUUAAUUCUGCCGUUGUAAAUACAAAAGUUAAGGGUGGACUAACAUGGCCUAAGGGCAAGGCAUUUUUGGGUGAAAAAUUUUGUGUGGGUGGUGUAUGGCGAAUUAGGCGUAAACGAUACAAAAAUCAAACGCUAACGCUUAAGAUCAAAGAUGUUGAUCGAUCUUCGGGCAACAACGAAGCUACAAGGGAAGUUGUUAUAAUGUUAAAAGAAGUAGUUUCAGAAUUAAUGAAACAAGAUGCUGAUACCAAUCUCAUUAGGGAAAUGCUUAAGAAUGACUUGAAGGUUAUAUGGGACAACAUUCUUUGUUGUGAUGAGCGCUUUCCAAAAGAUAUUACUUAUGAAGACAUCCAGGAUAGGACUCAAGGGUUUUCUUUUUGUUUGGAUGAUCGUGAUUAGUUUUCACCUUCUGUUCAUCUCUAACCUUUAUCAUUCCAACCUUUGCAGCAAAAAUAUAUUGUCUUUAAGCUCUUAGAUUUAUUCAAUUGUGAUCUUUCUGACAGAUUGCCUUAUUAUCUAUUUAAUUGUUGGAUGCCAUGAUUUACCUUAUAAAAA